CAGAUUAAAGACUGUGUUCACGGGCUCAUGACGUUCGAGCCGAUCUGUAUGAGGAUCAUCGACACACUUCAAUUUCAACGCCUCAGGAACCUGCACCAGCUCGGUCCAGCGAGCUUCGUGUACAUUGGAGCCACGCACUCCCGCUUCGAGCACUGCCUUGGCGUGGCCUACCUCGCUGAGAAGAUGAUGGAGAGCAUUCGCUCGCACCAGCCAUGGCUGCCCAUUACAAAUGAAGACAUACUGUGUAUCAAGAUCGCGGGCUUGUGCCACGACCUUGGCCACGGGCCGUUCAGCCACGUCUUUGACGGGUUGUUCCUUGAUCAACUGCGCAAGAAGAAGCUCAUCAGCGAGUCCUUCAAGUGGUCGCACGAGCAGGGCUCCGUCGACAUGUUCGACUUCUUGCUGGCGGAGAACAAUAUCUGCGUUGAGGACUACGCACUGACGCAACAGGACGUGAUCUUCAUCAAGGAGCUCAUUUGGGGUGGACCUCUGCCCAAUUCCAACGGCGUUCUAUGUGGCAGACCGUCCCGGAACCAGCGCUUCCUGUACGAUAUCGUGAAUAACGCCCACAGCGGUCUUGACGUGGACAAGCUCGACUACUUCAUGCGCGACUCGCUCCAUACUGGGGCCAAAAUGUCGUGCGAUACAGACUUGCUGAUCCGCAAUGCUCGAGUGUUGGUGGAUCGCGAAGAUCCUGAGGAGAAUAUGGUGGUGUGUUUUCCCGAGAAGCUGCCGGGACAGAUCAUGCAGGUUUUCCGCACUCGCUUUGAGUUUCAUCAAUCUGUCUACCAGCACAAAGGAGUCCGCGCGAUCGACUAUAUGCUGUGCGAUAUCUUGGUCUCAGCGAACGACCACUUGAAGAUUAAGGGAAAGCGCAUCUCGGAGAUCAUGACCUGCAUGGAGGCUUACCAGCACUUCGAUGACCGUGUGCUAUUGAAAGUCCAGGAGAGCGAUGAACCCGAGUUACAAGAGGCGAAGGCACUGCUGAAGCGAAUUUAUACCAAGCCGUACUACAACUUCGUCGGCAAGACUGCGAUUACCAAUCAUUCACAACACAAAUCGGAGGACAUGUUGCUGGACGAAGUGCUGCGAUGCUCUACAAGUCGGGCGCUUGUCCACGAGAAGGAUAACGUGAUUUUGGAGUUUAUGUACGUUCAUUACGGCAAAGGGAGGGAAGAUCCGCUCCAGCACGUUCGCUUCUACUCGAAGAAUGCUACUGCGAGCGCCAGAUGCUUCCGCUUGCCCGAGUGUGCGUACGAAAUGUUCAGUCCGCGGAAGUUUGACGAAUAUUCUAUUCGAGUCUUCGUGAAGGAGUCCUGCCUGGUGACACCUGUUCGAGAGGCGUUUGAAAAGUGGUGUCAUAAGUUCAACAACUCGCAAGUGUAUCCGGUUGAAUUUCAGACGUAGCCGAAUAUAUUGUGUGGAUACAUGAUAGAUUUGGGAAAGAAGGUAAGAAACCUUUGUACUUCGAUUGCUUUCAGAUCUAUACAACAAAAAGGCUAGUCGCUAACGCAAAAAUACGAGAAAAGGACUGUUUGUAUUCUCC